CCCUUGAACACUGAAAAGAACCCAAAGGAAACAAUCAAAGUUGUAUCUUUGAGAAGUGGCAAAACAUUGGCUGAUCCAGUGGUGAAAGCUAGACCCGAGGUGGUGAACAAGCAGGUAGAGAUACGAGCAAAAACAAAAGGUGAAGAGCAGCAAGGCCAUAGUAGUGGAGUACAAAAGGAGAUUGAAGAAAGUAGACAUAUGCCAACUCUACCAUUCCCCCAAAAGAUGAAGCGGGAGAAACUUGACAAAUGUUUUGGGCGAUUGUUGGAGAUUCUCAAGCAACUUUAUGUGAACUUUCCCUUCAUAGAGGUACUCACUCAGAUGGCGGCCUAUGCAAAGUUCUUGAAGAAAAUCCUGUCUAGCAAGAGAAAAUUAAAGGAAACAACAAUGGUCAUGCUAAAUGCCCAUUGCAGUGCCAUAUUGCAAAAUAAAAUUCCCCAAAAGUGUGGGGACCCAGGUAGCUUCAUCAUACCAUGCUCGUUGGGGAGUGAAACAUUCGACAAGUCCCUCUGUGAUUCUGGUGUGUCGAUAAAUCUAAUGCCUCUGUCUAUAUUCAGGAGACUAGAUGGUGAGCUCGGAGUGAUCAAAUCAAUACCAGUGUCCCUACAACUUGUUGACCAAACCACCAUUCUACCUGAGGAAAUCAUUGAGGAUAUUCUAGUGCGGGUGGAUAAGUUUAUGUUCCCUAUAGACUUUAUUGUAGUGGAUAUGGAGGUGAAGAAGGAGGUGCCUCUAAUUCUAGGGAGACCAUUCUUAUUUACAGGCAGAGUUAUCCUUGAUAUCUAUGAAGGGCAGCUUAUGCUUAGAGUGGGCAAUGAAAAAGUGGUGUUUCAGAUGAAGAGGAUGAUAAAAUACCCCAGUGAUGAGGCAUCUGCCUACUCAUGUUUCAAGUUGGAUGUUGUUGGAGAAUUGGCUGAAAAAUACAAGUUUGACAAGCUUAUGGGGGAUACUCUAGAGAGGUGUAUUACUCAGUUUAGCACAAUGGAGGAUGAAGAUCAUGAAGUAAAGAAAGAGGCUGAAGCUAUUGAAACUGAAGAUCAACUGGUUGAUGAGGAGGAACUAAAAAAAGAGGCUUCUAAGCCUAAUGUGGAAUUGAAAGUCAUCCGCACUCACUAA